UCUCCAAGCCUCGCUGUAACACGAAAUUUCAUUGGUCGAUCGAUUUGACAGUACUAGCACACAUGUGCAUGAAUUAUCAAGAUUCGUGUCAACCUAGAGUAAACAGAACGGAGGUAGUGGGCGAAAACUUUGCAUGAAUUACGGUUUGUUGUUAAUUGUGAUUGAGUAUUAGCAUGCGUAUCCAAACCUACUACCUCCAUGCAUGUAGAAAAGGCAUAACAGUCACCGCUACUGAUCCGGAUUUAAUGGAAAACCCCUCGAUUAUCAAGACACAGUUUUAUGGUGUUUGCAGACGAAGCUGACAUUUAGACCGACUUGUGUACAGAAAUAACACUAUUGUGCUAUCCUUACUGCCUGCAGGACUAGUAUCUACCAUAGCUAUGUAUUGUAUGACGACAGGCAUUACUGAUCGUUGAAAAGUUUGAUGAUUUUUCAUCUUUUUCGUCCUUCUGGAUCGGAAUUUAUACGGGUGUUAUAACGGGACCCGGAGUGAUGAUUUACCGUUACCGUCAAUCAACUGUGACAUGCUUGGUUUGAGUUUCAUUUUCACCAACGAAUUAAAAUAAUAUUUGCGAUCAAGAUUAAUUUUGAUCGGCCAUCUUUAUAGAUCUUUUUGGUAAAUACUUAAGCAGACAGUGGUAUACUAAUAUGUUCAUUCAAUGUUAUGGGGAUUGGCAUUUUCAGUAUCAAUUACAUAAGUUGACUGGUCAUGUCAUUCAGGUUAAUAACAUCAACAAUGAAUGAACAGAUAAAACCAAGCAUGUGAUUUAAAGUUUAACUUUUCAAGAUUCAAAACUUUGAACUGUGAUAGCUUUUCAAAACUUUUGUGUGACGGAUUUUGAAAAAAAAAAAAACAUUAAAAAUCGUCAUGGAGGCUGCUAUGGUAGGUUUUGAUUCUCAUGGCAAUGGAGGUCCACCUAGUUAUAAUGUCAUACACAGUUCACAACGACCACUUUUGUCAAAAAACAAUCAUGAUUGUGUUCAAAAUUCCAGGUCCUUUCCAAAGCCUUCCGAUGAUGACGACGGUAUGGGUCCACAAGGACACGGCAGUGAUUAUGAGUGCUGUGAACGAGUGGUGAUAAACGUCAGUGGUCUCCGGUUCGAAACUCAACUGAAAACACUCAACCAGUUUCCAGAGACACUAUUAGGUAACCCACAAAAACGAAAUCGUUACUAUGAUCCGCUUCGAAAUGAGUACUUUUUCGACAGGAAUCGGCCUUGUUUCGAUGCUAUUCUCUACUACUACCAAAGUGGGGGCAGACUCCGAAGGCCUGUCAAUGUUCCUUUGGAUGUCUUUUCGGAGGAAAUGAAAUUUUAUGAACUUGGUGAUAAUGCAAUUGAAAAAUUCAGGGAAGAUGAAGGAUUUAUUAAGGAGGAAGAGAGACCUUUACCUCAGAAUGAAUUCCAAAGACGGGUAUGGCUUCUAUUUGAGUACCCAGAAAGCUCAACCGCAGCCCGAUUGAUAGCAAUCUUUUCAGUGCUAGUGAUCCUUUUAUCGAUUGUGAUCUUUUGCUUAGAAACAUUACCAGAAUUCAAACAUUACAGGUUAGUUAACCAAACAGCAGGAUCAAAUACCUCAGAAAAGAUAGAGGAAGAUGAUAUUCCCAAGUUCAAUGAGCCAUUUUUCAUCAUAGAAACAUGCUGUAUUAUAUGGUUUACGUUUGAAUUGCUUGUACGUUAUGCUUCCUGUCCCAACAAGCUGUGUUUCUUCAAAAAUAUUAUGAAUUUCAUUGAUAUCGUGGCAAUCAUUCCAUACUUUAUUACGCUUGGUACCGUGAUCGCAGACGAGAGCAAAAGCAAUAACCAGGCAAUGUCGUUAGCCAUAUUGAGGGUCAUAAGGUUAGUUAGGGUUUUCAGAAUAUUUAAAUUAUCAAGGCAUUCUAAAGGUCUUCAAAUCUUGGGACAGACAUUAAAGGCCAGUAUGAGAGAACUUGGACUGCUCAUUUUCUUCCUUUUUAUUGGUGUUAUUUUGUUCUCAAGUGCGGUAUACUUCGCUGAAGCUGAUGCAGAACAUACUCAUUUUCGAAGUAUACCAGACGCAUUCUGGUGGGCUGUUGUCACUAUGACGACAGUUGGAUAUGGUGACAUGCGGCCUAUCGGAGUGUGGGGUAAGCUUGUGGGUUCAUUGUGUGCCAUUGCCGGUGUGUUGACCAUUGCAUUGCCAGUGCCUGUUAUUGUGUCCAACUUUAAUUACUUUUAUCACAGAGAGACAGAAGGAGAUGAUAAGUCCUCGUACCAUCAUGUACAAUCCUGUCCAAACUUUUCAAACAGCAAGAAGAAUUCACUGGCUUCUAAUUAUAGUGGCUCGGACAAUAUGAUGGAAAUGGAAGAAGGUAGUAGCUUCAACCUUAGCAACGACCGAACGAAAGAAAACCAUACCAGUAAAGUGAACAAUCCUUCCAGCAUAAACAACCUGAGUAUUGAAACAGACGUUUGACUAAGGUCUAUAGUUUUCGGACAUUGUGAUGAAAGGGAACCAUCAAAUGAAUGCAUGGUGAACAUUGGGGUGUGAACAGAAUAUAUAUUUAGUAUAUAUAUAUGGUCUCCCUCCUAAUAUCACUGAGUAUUAGCGAAACAUGAUGUAACAUUCUGCUUUAAAAACAAGUAUCUACAGAGUGAUUGGACGUCUGGACAUGAGACAUUAGAAAGAGAAACAACAAAGAACUAAUCAUUGUAUGUGUUAUUCAGUCAUUGGAUCAGAUAACAAUUCCAUGCAAAAGACUGGAUCAAUUGAAGGCAAAGAACUUGAAAACCAUCACCAAAAAAACUAUAAAAAACGGUGUGAAUUCUAAAAAUAAUCUGAAUCCAAAUCACGUGAUAUUUCUGUUUGUGAUGUUGACAUUUGACCAAAGUGUAUUCGUUCCAAUCGGUACCCUUUACGAUAAUGUGUGUUUUUACGGAGGUCUGACAGAUUCUCAUAUGGACAUACAGAUGUGAGAAUGUUGUCAUGGAGACGCUUUACUGUGAACGUUACGUUGUUGAACUGGUCAUCAUUUGACUUGCGAUACACCAUGAACAAAUAACCAAACUGUUACCAUUCCUAUACCCCUCCCUCCCUCCGUUCCAGAGUGGAGAUUGAUGUACAUGACAAUUGCACUACCGAGGGAAACAAACCCUGUCUCCUAACCUGGAGGUUACUGCAUAUGUAUAAAUAUACCUAUGUGGAAAAAAACUCGCAACACCAUUAACGAUUGCAAAUGGCCUCCUAAGGAGACACAUCCGAAUCAUAGGUGGAACAAUAUAUGUAUGUGCUCUGCAAGCCUGCAACCGAGAUACAGUGAUUUUUUUGUUAUUAUAUUCUCCAACGUGAUAUUAAUUAGUUCUCAUUACUCAUCAUCAUUUCCAUGUGGAGAUCCCAGUCUGCGAUCAGAACAACUGUUCUUUUAUUUGAACACUUGCCAACCAUCUUUCCCGUGUGAUAUAAAUAUAUCUGAUACCGUAAUGACUCCAAGUAAAAUGUGAAUGUCGCGAUUUCAUUGUUUACAUUUUGAAAGAUGCUGUAUCAUUUCGGAUUAUAGUUAUAUGGAUUAAUUGAAACCACAAAUUAGAUUCAAUACUGAGGAAAUGUGCUGAGGUUGAGACAUCAUCUUUCCAAAACGGGAUAUUAAUCAAGAAUCGAGUGUUUUGACAUGUUGAAAUAUACUUGUCAUAAGAAAAACAGAUUCACGUUUGGAUUUAUAUACUAGUCUAAACAGAGAAAACUGAGUGCUGAAGAAUCGUGCUUCCCAAUCGAAGAGCUUAUGAAAAUGUAAUAUAUAUUACAUUAAUAUAUAUCAAUUAUUUGUAAAUAGAUGUUAAACUGCAAGAACAGUCAAUUGAUUCCAUACUUUUAUGAAUAUUGGGGGGGAAACACCAAAAACAGUUGUACCAUAUAUAUAUAUAUAUAUACUAGCAUCUUGUUGCACUUGUAAGGAUAGUGGAAAUUGAUGCACUAUAUUGAAUCUAUGCAGUUUUUUUUUCUUAAUUUUGGUAUCUUUAUGCAUUAUUGAUAAUCGUGUGUCUGAAUUACAGGCAAAAUAUGUUUCAAGACUUUUUUCCCACAUUUUUUUUCUUCAAAGAAUCAGUCAGUUUGUUAGUGGAUCAUCAGUAUAUCUCAAAUACAAAGUUAAAAAUUCCCAUUUGCUGCAAAGGUUCUUUAAGACAGAACACGGAAGUACAGAGAACGAACAACAAUGAAGUGAUGGCAACAAGAUCUUCGCACCUACAAAUCAACGGCUUCGUCUCUCCAUCAAUGGGUUUGGCUGGAUGGAAGCAUGUGAGGGUCUUACUGUGCAAGGAAACUGGAAUAACCGGGGAAAACCCGCAGAGUCCGAUGGAUAAACCCCAUACCUUUCUACAUCCAACUGGAGAAUCGAAUCCU